ACCUUUGUGGUCUCCCCAGUGAAAUGUCCUGGACACGCCCCUGUAGGAGGGUGAACGCUGUUUCCACGGUGAGAGGAGCAUGAUCCUGUGGACAGUCGAUCUUCUAUGGGACCAUAGACAGUCUAUGUAUGGGACAGAGUGAGCCGCGGUCUCAGGUGAGCUCGCUGCUAUCACUGACUCGACAACAACAACCCAGACGGGGGGUGUUACGUAAAGACGCAGCAGCGUUUAAACAGCGAGGCUGGAAACUUUUCCACUGCCGCGUCAGCAGCUUUGUCGGUGUCCACACGCCACCUCGUCCGUCCGUCCUUCCAGGCAUGUCCCUCCACGGCAGCACCGCGCGUCUCAGCGAGGCGAGACGGGUCGCUAUUUUCGGGGGCACACACGGGAACGAGAUGUCCGGCGUGGCGCUCGUGAACCUGUGGAUAAAGAACGGCGCCGACAUCCAGAGGAGAGGAGCUGACAUCAAACCUUUCAUCACCAACCCGAGGGCUGUGGAGAAGUGCGUCAGAUACGUGGACACGGACCUGAACCGAGCUUUCACGCACGAGAACCUCAGUGCCUCAGGAGGAGACGAGUUCCCCUAUGAAGUGCGGCGAGCCCAGGAGAUCAACCGAAUGUUUGGACCCAAAGGAAGCCCAGAGGCUUACGACGUCAUCUUUGACCUUCACAACACCACCUCCAACAUGGGCUGCACCCUGAUUCUGGAGAGCUCCAAAGACCAUUUCAACCUGCAGAUGAUGAACUACAUAAAGAAAGCCAUCUCUCCUGCUAGCUGUCUGGUUCUGCUGAAUGAACAUCCUCUGCUGAAAUAUUCCACUUCUCGCUCCGUGGCCAAACACCCCGUUGGCCUGGAAGUGGGUCCUCAGCCUCAAGGAGUCUUGAGGAGUAACAUCUUUGAAGCGAUGAGAGUAAUUCUGAAACACGCGCUGGACUUCAUUGAACUGUUUAAUGAAGGCAUGGAGUUCCCUCCCUGUACUGUUGAAGUCUUCCGUGUGAGCGAGAGGAUCGACUAUCCCAGAGAUGCUAACGGGAACAUCAUCGCCAUGGUUCAUCCCAACCUGCAGGAUUGUGACUGGGAGCCGCUGAACCCCGGUGACCCAAUGUUCCAAACCUUUGACGGAAAGACCAUCCCCUACCAAGGCUCCUGCACCGUCUACCCAACUUUUAUAAAUGAGGCAGCCUAUUAUGAGAAGCAACAGGCGUUCGUGACCACCAGGAGAGAAACCUUGGCUGCAAGUGGCAUCAGAAAAGCCUGAGAAGCUCUCCGUAAUUCUGCCAAAUGCAACAGAAGUUUGAUAGAUUUUGCACUUUGCUCCGAUAACAAAGGACCGACUCUGUACAUAACCAAGAACCAUCUUUUACACACCAAUUUAGUUUUUUAUGCUUUUACUAUCAGAAAUUAACUAUGCAAAGAACAUUCAGAUGUUCAGUUUCAGAUAAGUCUUAUACCUAAAAUCUGUUUAGGUAACUAUUUAUGAUGCUGUUAUUUUAAAUCAUAUAAAAAAGUGAGAUUUUUGUAAAAUCAAAGAACAGGCCUAAUUAGCUGUGGCUUGUUAAUUAUCCUAAGCACUCUUUCAGUUUUUAACUAGCACUCAGGAAAUCCAUGGGGGUUCAUAACUCUAAAUAAAGUUCUGCCAUUGUCUUCUGAGAAUAUUCGUGUAACAUCUGUUGGGGUGUGUUGUGUGGCCUUUGAUACUACCUACCUGUAACUCCAGUGGUUGCAUCUGUGGUGCUGUCCUAUUGUUGCCUUAUUAGAGGUUUCAGAAAGAACUGCAAAAAUAGAUUUUUGUUUUUAAAAACGAUGUUCUUUCUUUAAAAAGAAGUUGUGAAAUGUGUUUGUUAAAUGUAUGUGCUUAUUUCAACAUUGUGUCCAAUUGCCUUCAUUUUAGAAACAUGUCCUUUGUGUCUCUUGUCCCAAAGUGUGAUGACUCAAGUUUUUUGGUGUCUCAUUACUCAAUUAGCAAUAUUUUUGUGAGUAGAAAUGAUCUAUUCAAUAAAUGUAUUGUCUGAUAUAAAAUA